CUCGCGUAGUCAUCGCAAUACGUGCGACGUCGUCGUCGUCGUCGUGUUUUAUCUUUAAAAUACAACUUUGUACUAAAAUUUAGUGUUAUUAGUAUUAAUAAAUAAAAUAUCUUACAAACAUAAAUCAUUGAACAAACGAUUGAGUUUUCUGCUUGUUAUAAACAGUUUAUUGUGAUUGUUUGAAUAAAAUAAUAUAUAGCUGUCACGUGCCGACACAUCAUUUUCUAUAGAUUUUGAACUGUACGGUGAACGCAAUUAAGGUGGACAAGUCACAUUUAUUGUUCAUCGUAAACAAGAGAUGGAAGACUCAGAGCCUACCAAUGAUGUAGAAAUCAAGAAUCGCAAAUUCGGGAUAACUUUAGAGCCAGUAAUGUUGUUAAUAAAUAUCGGAAUACAUGCAAACCUGAUGGUGCAAACUAAUUUAUUCGAAGAACGUGUAUGCCUUCAUAGUGAUCUCGGACAAAAUAAGUCUGUGAAUUGUUACAAUAUGACUGCAGCAGAACAAGAAAUAAUUCAGCCAGCUGCGGCAAAUUUUUUAAUGUUUAAAAAUCUGAUAGAAACAUUUGUGCCAUGUCUGAUGACAUUAUUUUUAGGUGCCUGGAGUGAUGUAAACGGUCGUAAACCUUUGUUAUUAUUAGCUAUCUCAGGUAUAGUUAUAUCUAACUGUAUGUUCAGUGCAUUUUCUACAAUACCAAGCCUGUCUCCUGAAAUGUUUUUGCUGUGCAGCCUACCGGUUGCUGUAAGUGGUGGAACUGGUGCAUUGUAUUUAGCUGCAUUUUGUUAUAUUGUUGAUAUCAUCGAUAACAAAUCAAGAGCUUUCAGGAUUGUUGUUUUAUACACAUUUAUCGAUUUUGGAUCAAUACUUGGAUCUGUAUUGAGUACAAUAUUGUAUAGUAGCUCUACUACUUACGUUUAUUGCCUUUCAUCGUUUGUUUCGAUAGCUGGACUUCUGUAUACGUAUAUUUUUCUUAAGGAAUCAGUAGUCAUUAAAAUGGGAGCGAAUUCAAAACUUUUUAACAUCCAACUAAUAAGAGAUUUGUGGCAAACUGUUAAGAAACAACGAUUAGGUUACUUGAGAUGCGUAAUUAUACUGUCUGCAGUGUCGUUAACUCUUAAUUUAAUCGUUAUGUUUGGUGAAGGAACGUAUAUGUACAUGUACUUACAGAAACAAUUUUCGUGGACGUUGGAAAAAUUUUUACCGUUUCGUGCGUCUAUGACACUAUUACAUGCCAUCGUUCCCGUAAUCGUUGUGUACGUGCUCAACGCCAAACUACAAAUUCCCGAGAUGUAUAUUGUUACCGCUAUUACAGCCAUAGGAAUUUUCGAAAAGAUUUGUUUCGCGUACUCGAUUUACGAAUGGCAAUUAUACGCCGCGGAAGCUGUUGGAAGCACCGUGUAUGCAACACAAACGUUGAUACGAUCUCAAUUAUCCAAAAGUUUUCCGUCCGAAGAAAUAGGUAAAAUAUUAACAUUCAUAAGUCUGGUUGAAUCUCAUGGAUUAUUACUAUACUCGCCGAUAUACAACACCAUCUACGUUGCAACAGUCCAGAAUUUUGCCAAUUGUAUAUUUUUCUUUUCGGCAAUACUUGGCAUAUUUAUGCUUGGCUUAUUCGGAACAAUAUUAUUCUUACUUUCAAGAAGCGUCAAACCUGAUGAUUGUUUAAUCGAAAACUAAUUUUAACUACCACAACAACAAAUAUUUUAUGUAGGUACAUAAUAUAAUAUAAUUGUUUUUUAUUUUACAAUGAGAAUUACAAUACCCAUUAUAUCUUA